UAUUUUGUUUCUUUUUUUUAUCCGGCAUUCCGUGAAGGCACCAAAGGAUUUGUUGUGGUCCUUCGCCGUUUCGCUUUUUUAAUCAGCCAAUCAGAGACGAGGAGAGGCGUGGUCAUCUCCUCCCUUGGCGUCCCGCCCAUUUUGAUGAUACUCUGCGCAUCUCUUCACGUCGAUUCAUUCCCUCGCUUUAGAAGCUUCUUUCGGUAUCUGAAGGCUACGUUGGCGUAAGAUACGAAUUUAAAACGACACUCGAACUAGUAAUAAAGAAAAAAACAAUUUAAACUUCAUCGACCUGCUUUUAUCAUUACUCCUGAAACAAUCAAUCGAAGCCUAGCCGUGCGAGCUGCGYUUUUUCUUCUUCUUCGUUGGUUUGAAAUAAUCUUUUUCAUAAAAAAUGAAAACCAAAUUCAUCAACGGGGUUUCGUCGUCGCCGUCCAUGUCGCUGGGCCUUCUGGUGACCGAGAACGCCCUGCAGGUCCAGCCCGACACCCAGGAGGACUGCAGGAAGGAGCUGGUCCGGCCCGACCAGCCGGACCUGGACACCCGGCGCAAGGCGCAUCUGUGGUGCAGGGAGUUCCUGCACGGAGCCUGGAAGAACCUGGCCGAGGAGGACUUCCAGAUCACCAUUAUAAGGGGCGGUCUGAGCAACAAGCUGUUCCUGUGCAGCCUUCCCGACAGCCUGGUUUCUGUCGGGGACGAGCCGAGGAGCGUCCUGCUGCGCCUCUAUGGGGCCAUCCUGCAGAUGUCCUGUAAUAAAGGGGAUUCCCGACAAUCAAACAAAGAAAAUCACUUCCAAGUAAGUAACCGAUGCUGGUGCUGCCARGUUUCUCUGCUCAGAGGCUCGGUUCACAACACACGACCUCAUCAUGUCACAACGUGUUCACCCUCUCCGGUGGAGGAACCCCCCCCAAAAUAACAAUCUAAUUCCUGGUGAGGUUUCUCAGAGGACCUGCUGAUCGCACYAGUUUCAGGGAGUUCUCAAAUAAUCCAGUAACACCGUUAGAGUUAACCCCUGCCUCACUUCCUAACCCCUCUGACAUCACAUGACUUUAAGAUCUGAGCUGUUUCUGACCUGCUGAUAAACUCUUAAAACUAAAACUAAAGAUCACAGUUCACAUGACUAUUCUGCAAAUGCUAAGAAAAACUUUAAUAACAUUGUUCACAUUAAAAAUCAAGGAGAUUCUAUAGAACAACUGAGCUCAGAAACCACGUGACCGUGUGAUCGGCUGGAGAAGCUAACGGCUAACGC